CUCUUUACAACCACCUCUUCCUCGCCUUCGUAAUGGCUUCUAAAGGCGCCGUGCUGCCCUGGUUGAGGCGCGAAUUGCGUGCCUCUUCCUUGCGCCUUCCCAAGGCUUCCGCCUGUUUGUCAUCACUCGCAACCUCCGCGCGGCCCUCGAACCGCUCCUUGUCAGCCUCCUAUCGCAGAACGAUACGCCCGCGAACGCUGUUCACCUGCGCUCAGACACGCGCCUUCUCGCAUUCGGUAUCACGAAGGUUUACCGACGACGAUGGCAAUUUUGACCCCCGGCAGCUGGACAGAGAAUCGGAUGAAGUGGAUGUUUGCAUUGUCGGUGGCGGCCCGGCUGGUCUUGCCGCCGCUAUUCGACUGAAGCAAUUAGCCAACGAAGCCGGUAACGAGGAAUUCCGCGUCAUUUUGUUGGAAAAGGCCGGCGAGUUGGGCGCCCACGUGCUGUCAGGCAACGUCCUCGAACCGACGGCUUUGAACGAACUUCUGCCCGACUGGCUUUCGGAGGACAACCCAUCCCGCUUCGAGGGGGCGACCCCGGCGAAGGCGGAUAAGAUGCGCUUUCUGACACAAAACUCGUCUUUCCCGCUUCCCGCGCCGCCGCAGAUGAACAACCAUGGCAACUACAUCAUCAGUUUGAACGAGCUUACGAAAUGGUUGGGAGAGCGGGCGGAGGAACUUGGCGUCGAGAUUUACCCCGGUUUUGCGGCCAGUGAGGUUGUCUACAAGCCCGAUGGCUCCGUUCUUGGUGUCGCAACCAACGAUCUUGGUAUCGGUCGCGACGGUAAGGCGAAGGACAGUUUCGAACGGGGUAUGGAAUUUCAUGCGCGAGUCACCUUGCUGGCUGAGGGCUGUCAUGGAAGCUUGACCAAGCAAGUGUCCAAGAAAUUCGACCUUCGUCGCGACAGCCAACCGCAAACGUAUGGUAUCGGGUUGAAGGAGAUUUGGGAGAUCCAGCCGGAGAAGUUCAAUUCCGGUGAAAUCACACAUUCCCUUGGCUACCCCCUUCCCUCGGAUACCUAUGGUGGAGCGUGGAUGUACCACUUUGGCGACAACCUGGUCAGCAUUGGUUUGGUAGUUGGGUUGGACUACCCGAAUCCUUGGCUGUCGCCUUAUGGGGAGUUUCAGAAACUCAAGCACCACCCUCUGUUCAGGGAAGUCUUGGAGGGUGGCAAGUGUAUUUCUUAUGGCGCACGUGCCCUCAACGAGGGUGGCUUCCAGUCUAUUCCCAAGUGUGCUUUCCCCGGUGGCGCCCUCAUUGGUGACAGCGCCGGGUUCUUGAAUGUUCCCAAGAUCAAGGGAACGCACACCGCGAUGAAGUCUGCCAUGUUAGCUGCGGAGUCCACCUUCGCAGCUCUCCAGGGUAACCCUGAUGGUAGUGUGUUCCUCUUCGACUACGAAGAGGCUUUGCGCAAGUCGUCGAUCUGGAAGGAACUGUACGAGGUGCGCAACAUGCGGCCAUCUUUCGGCACACCCCUCGGUCUCUACGGUGGAAUUUUGUAUUCUGGACUUGAGGCGUAUAUCCUCAAGGGCCGGACGCCCUGGACGCUCAAGCACCACAAGACCGAUGCUGAGGCCACCAAACUGGCCUCCGAAUGCAACAAGAUUGAGUAUCCCAAGCCGGACGGCGUAAUCAGUUUCGACAUUCUCACCAGCGUCAGCCGCACCGGCACAAACCACGAGGAGGACCAGCCUGUCCAUUUGCAGGUGGAAGACUGGGAUAAGCACACGGAUAUCGCCUGGCCCAAGUACCAAGGUGUUGAGAACCGGUUCUGCCCGGCCGGUGUGUAUGAGUAUGUGGAGGAUCCCAGCAAGCAACAUGGUGUCCGCUUCCAAAUCAAUGCUCAGAAUUGCAUCCACUGCAAGACCUGUGACAUCAAGGUCCCGACUCAAGACAUCAACUGGCAGACGCCCCAGGGUGGCGAGGGACCUAAGUAUUUCAAGACCUGAUCCGACAUACCCAUUGUAAUUUAGCAAAAGCAAAAAUAGUUGAUCAGAUGAUGUGGCACCAUGUACAUAAUCCACACUAAUUCGCCUCAUUCUUUGGCACUCGGUACCUACAGGCUUACUCCGUACAGGCUACAGCAGCAUCGUUGAGGCCACAGCCACUUUCCCUGAGGCGUGGUGCCAAGCCACUAGUCCGUGUAUGGGCUAGCGGGGGCCGGCGCGGAUCAUCCGCUUGGCCAGCCGCGGUUCAGCUGUGGUGAUCUAUAGCAUGCAUGCUAUGUGUACUGUGUUAUACCUCACAGAUGAGGAAUCUCCGGAGUGGCGGACUGU